AUGCCCCGUGCUUGUGAAGGGGGGGCAUUGGACCAUAAAUUUCGCCCUGGCGCACGCGCACAGCGUCGGAUCCAAGAGUGGUGCCAUACCUCCGAGAAAAUCACACAAGACCACCGCAGCAGCACGCCUGUAAAGAAGACAUUGCGGGUGCAACGCCGUACUCAGUUGCUCAGAGCCCGGGCCCAGCCCUCCAAGCAGCGCUGCUUGCAAACUGCAUCGGAUGAUGGACUUUUGCAUGGGAUAGAAGCAAUUGCUCCUAGGGACUGGCAGGUAAUCCGAUGUGUAAACAAUGGGAAUGGGGGUGGCGGCAGUAUCCACACCGCCGAAAACUUUCCAACCGCAUCGAAGGCGGCCAUCCACACUCUCGCCGUCAAGCAGAUCACCAAACAAACCUGCCACGCCAUGGCUUCGAAUCUGUCCAUUCGAGCGGUCAGGACCGCCAGCGCUGCGCGGUCUGUAUCCCGCCCCCUCGCAACCCUCAUCCCCCGCCGCAACUAUGCCACCAACCCGGAGGUUCCAACUGCCGAGUCAAAGGAGCCCCGAUGGUCGUACACUCCGCCGCGCACCAAGGCGCCUUUCAGUCUUCACAACCACUCGAAGUCGAUCAAGUUCCAUGUGAACUCCGACCCGGCUCUCCUGGAUGCGUUCUAUGCCCGCAUGUUGGGACAGAAUGGCGACAAAGUUCUCUCCGAUGAGGUGAAGUGGUUGGCCGUCACACACAAGAGUUUCGAUCAAGGACGUCGGGGAUUCAACGACCGAUUGGCUUUCCUAGGAAAACAAGUGGUGCAAGUUCAGGCAUCUCUCGCCCUGGUCCAGAGCCCCGUCGCGACAGCCACCUCAUCUGACUCGCAUGGUCGUGAGCCCUUCUCCCACCAGGCUCUAGAAGGGCUAAAGAAUCUCUCCUCCCGCACUAAGAACGCCCUGACCGACCGGACGAAGCUGGCCGAGCUGGCAAGAAGUUAUGGGACCGAGAAGAUUAUCCGCUGGAACCCCCGGAUGCCCGAGAACCUGAUUGAGUCUGGGAUCGAAUUGGUCCUGGCACAGACCCUGUACUCGAUUAUUGGCGCCAUUGCGCUGGAGAAGGGAGGUCACAUUGCGAACAAGGUGGCUCAAGAGCGGAUACUCGAGCCUCUGGGGUUCAAGACAGUCUCGUCAUAA